AGCUCCACUUCGAGAUUAGUAUGCGGCACAAAUUAUAUUUGCUACUCAAAUAAUGUACAUGCAGUGCGAUAUUAAAAUUGAAGCGAGCACGAACACGAAGGUGGAUUGAAAUUUCAAAAAUGCCGCCGGCGUCAGCUGCUUCUGCAGGCGCGAAAGAAGAUACCAAGAAUCAAUGUCGGAAGCUGGAAGUCCGGAAGAAAAACGGGAAAGUGGCAGCUGCUUCAGUUGUGCCAUUGAAAAGCAACAGUAAGGGAAAGGGCGUGUCGAACGAUGUGGGAAAAAAGAAAAAAGUUGUGCAUUACGUUUAUGGUACAACCGGCGGACACGUUGCCUACAUCGGCCGUAUGUACCUGAUGAAAAAUGGCAGCGAAUUGCAGUAGGACUUUGGGAAAAAAUACCUUCACACAGAGCAAGUGGAUGCAUGUGUUGAUCUUUUUCUUUGAUGUAGUUUUUGUGCGCCAGCAGCCAGACCACCCAUGUACGCGAAGAUCGCGGUCCUUGCGUAAGUAACAGGGCCCUCGGUCCUUUGAUAUCAUUUUUGUCAAGACAAAAGAAGUGAGGAUGGAACCACGACGAGCAGUGGCAUAAUUGCAAGUGGUGGCGGAAUGAUCGUAGUUGAAUUGCCUGUACUUCUAUGGAGGUAUAUUUUCCCUGCAUAAGCAUGCAGGCAAUCUGUGCUCUCAGCCGUACCACGCACUAGUAGCAUUUCAGAACAGCGGGCAAACAGCUGCUGAAUUUGCACGGCAGCGAGCGGUCGAGAUGCGGAACUGCAGAGCGCAACCGGUCAACAUGAAGGAGAUGCGACAGCUUCGUGUAACGCCGCACGUGCGCCGUCUGUGGAACGCUGCGAUGGCGGAACAAAGUCAAGUUCGCCCCCAAUGCUUCCAACUAGUGCCGCUUCCACUCCGAGCAGACACGCGGCCUAAGCGAGCUCACUCAGACACCGCCCCAAUGACGGACUGUGUCACUGGAGAGUUAUUACCACUGGGGUUUGCAACUGCUGUGCUGCGCCACACUGCCGCGCUGCUGUGGCGGUACCUUCGAGGCCGUGGGGCAGCAGUAGAGCACGUGGAGGAGAUCUGCAAGGCAGUGCUCGGCAUCCAAGGAAUGCAGUGGGUUUCCGCGUGCACGCCACUGUGGGUCGAUGCGUGCGGGAAGUGCAAUCACAUUCACACCGAGGUCGGUACCGGCCAGUCUUUUUUGGAAAAGGCCGGGCGACUAGUUAAGACCAAGCACAAUGGACACGGCCGGGAGCUUGUCGCCAAGGGGAAGUUCGAGCGAGAUCACCUAGACGGCCGCACCCUGCGGUCUGCGCUCCUGUUCCUCGCGUCAGACUCCCAUCGGUGGACGGCCCGCAGCGAGGAGGAGUUUGGUAUGGCCGCUGACCUUUUGACGACUCCCCGCCUGACCGGACUUCGGCGGAAACGACUCGCUGUGGUGUUGCGUCGUCUUUGCAACUACUCUCCUCGCCCUGUUCGCCUCGCAAUCUGGCGCAGCAUCCUGCGGCGUGGGAAGACUUUCUGGAACAGGAAGUGGACCACCAUCAGGUUUUGUUCUUUGGCUCGCAAAUUUUGCGGACGCAUCCGUGGACAUCGAGCUGUGCUUCGAUUCGAGGCCUUGGCGAUGCAGAAGCGUCAGUUUUUCUCGAAGCCGACGAAGGAGUCGCGGCUUUGGCAUGCUUCAGCGACUUCGGACUUUGACCGCUGGCUACACCUCGCAUCUUCGGCUGGCGUUAGAGGCUGGCGCGCUGGUAUGUACACGUCGACCAUUGUUAAGGCUCUCCCGGCCGGAUUGCGGAAUUUGGUCCCAACUCGGGGGAAGAUCUCGAGCACUAAGAAUGGCGGUGAGGCGACCAUUGCUAUUCCCGUCGGUGGCGGGAUGCAGGUGAGUCAAGAAGAGAACAACGACCGUAGUACGCGCAAGGAUGUUUUCGUCCUCGGCGAUGAGAAACAGAAACCGGUGGAAUUGCAGAAACAAAACCUCGAAACGCUGUUCUGGUGUCCCGCAUCUUCGACGGAACGACCCGCAGUAGCAACACAAGCGGCAAGCUUCUCCACAUCGUCAUCGACGUCUUCUUCUUUGGACAAUAAGCCAUUGCUGAGCACCAGCACCAGCAGCACUUCUAUGGGCGCGAGUGCCGGCGCGCCUCCCUGUCCAUUGAGGAAGCGGAUGAAGUUAAGCGGCUUCGUGGAGGGCGUUCGGAUCGUGUAUCCAUCGCAAUGAUCACGGGUUGGGAUUUACUAGAGGAAUGCAGCAGUUUAAUGCACCCGAAAUGAGAUGACGAUGAGGCAGUCCUACUCGACCAUUUCGUAUCUUCUACGAAGUACUUAAUACGGAAGGCACUGCAACAUUGUCUUGUGUAGUCGAGGUUUUUUGUUCGUCUACUUCUUAUCGGUAUGUUUUUUGUCGAUUUUUUUCCAAUAGAGGUGCAUGCGGUGGGUUGCAAUUACAUUUACAUUUAGUAUUGAUGUCCCGCUCCCGGCGCGUUUGCGAUCGAUACGGCGAAGCAGAUAAUCAUACACGACGACACACCCAGGGAGGAAAUUAAGAAAGCGUGGACGGAAUUCGUUGCGAGCGGGCCGUCCCUGGAGGAGGCGAAAAAGUGGCGGUAUUGGCCAAGUAAAAAUCUUAAUCUUACUGACGAGGGCAGGAGCCGGGGAGGGAAAAACGCGCAGGAGACGAUCCGUGCCGUUUUUGGCCGAGAGUUUCAUGUCCUCGGCCAUGAGGCAAGGGCACGGAAGCGCCAGUUGCAGGAUAAAUCGCACAACAUGUCGUUUGGCCAGAAGGUACAUGAUGAAAAAAGAGGAACAUCAGUAUUAGAUAACCCCGCCGCGGAAGGUUUCGUUGGUGGUCGUGGAGCGCAGGUGCCGCUGGUCUCGUCGGGGGGGUCCGCGGGUUCCGUCGCUGCCCCAGCCGCUGCCAAAAAGACAUCGGAACAACACUUGUUGAGCACGAUGGACGGCUCCCCUAGUCGUGCUAGUGCGCGGCGCUUUCCGUCCCUCCUAGAGAUUCUCGACGAUGUGUUCGACAAUCCAAACCCGGAGAAGCGCAAGGACGAAGGUUGCGUGCAGAACAAGGAACUUCGGCAGACUCGCGUUGGGGCAAGCAGCAAGCAAGAGCGCCCGUUGAGCGCCACCCUCGGCGCGACUAUCCACCCCAUCAAAGGGUGCACAAUCGCCGUCGAUACCAAGAAGCUCAAGACCAGCCACGACAACUACCUCUGUGUGGAGCUGGCCGACUUUCUCAAUUGCCGUCGGGACGAAAUUUGCCACCUGUCUACACUACCCGGGAAUCUGUCGGCGAACAGCGAGGGCGCCACGGCAACCUCGCACUUUCGGUUUACGUAUAGCAGUAUGGUGGUCCACCUGAACGCGCAGACGCAGCCGCACCUAGACCGCGGAAACGUCGGUGACUCAGUUCUAACCUCGGUCGGAGAUUUUGUCGGUGGCGGCGUGUUCGUGCAUGAUCCAACGUUAGUUUUGGCAGAUGUGGAUCUGGAUCUACCCGCCGUGCAUGCAACGGUUGACGGCCGGCCGGUGGCGCUAGACGUUUGCGAGAAGAUUGCCAGCGAUCCGAAGGAGCAGGCGCGUUUGUUUGGGAGUGCCGCAAAUGGGAACAAGCCACCGGAAAAUAUCCUCCACGCCUACCCCGCGUCCCACAAGAAGGCGGGUGGCCACUUUAUUCUAGGUCGCGAGUUUGACACGAAGGACAAGUUCCUGCAGUUUAACGCCGGAGAAAACAUCCACGCUACGAUGCCGUGGACGGGGAAAAGAUACGCGGUGGUUUUGUUUACGCAUUCGAUCCUGGCGAAGUCGCGGAAGAGGAAGGGACAGGGGAUGGAGAAUUUCGUUGCCUUGAUGACCCAGCUACGCGAAGAGCUCGGGUUUCCGUUACCAAGUGUGAAUGAGGAAGCGUAUUGGUCGGGCAUUUUACAAGCUCUGGUGGAUAAACAAAAGAAAUAGAAGACGCUUGUGGAAGAUAGAUGAAAGUGAGGCUCUUUUUUGAUGUGGUACCACUUCGACUUCCAGGUGGGUCUGGAUAAAAC